CAGUCCUAAGACAUGGAGAGUUAAUUACACUACAUUGAGCUCUCUCUCUCUCUCUCAUCUCUCAUUUUAGAAACCGUGCUUUGGUGUGACUCUGUGAGUAUAGCAGCAGUAUAUAAAGAGCCGCAAGAGCCAGAAUCUUUUCGUUGCUGAUCAUCACCAAAAUCAUUAGUCGCCGAAAUGGGGCGAUCUCCAUGCUGUGAUAAAGUAGGCCUCAAGAAAGGGCCAUGGACUCCUGAAGAAGAUCAGAAACUGUUGGCUUACAUCGAAGAACAUGGACAUGGAAGCUGGCGUGCCUUGCCUGCCAAAGCUGGCCUUCAAAGAUGUGGGAAGAGUUGCAGACUUAGAUGGACCAACUACCUCAGACCCGACAUUAAGAGAGGAAAAUUCAGUAUACAGGAGGAACAAACCAUCAUUCAACUCCAUGCUCUCUUAGGAAACAGGUGGUCGGCUAUAGCCACUCACUUGCCCAAGAGAACAGACAAUGAGAUCAAAAACUACUGGAAUACGCAUCUCAAGAAACGACUGGCCAAAAUGGGGAUCGAUCCAGUCACCCACAAGCCCAAAACCGACGCAAUCUUGUCCAACGACGGCCAGUCCAAGCAUGCAGCCAACCUCAGCCACAUGGCUCAAUGGGAAAGCGCCCGCCUAGAAGCCGAAGCCAGAUUGGUCAGACAAUCAAAGCUACGCUCCAGUUCAUUCCACAACCCCCUUGCUUCUCCAGAGUUUUCCUCCCCCUCCAGUCCUCUCAACAAGCCGGCCCUGGUCCCUCCGGGGCCGCCACGCUGUCUCGACAUACUCAAGGCGUGGAACGGUGUAUGGACCAAGCCCAAUGAUGAUCAAGCCGGUACAAGCGCUGGUGGUGCCGCGGCGUCAGUUACCGGGCUAGCCGGUGACCUGGAGUCCCCCACAUCUACACUUAGCUAUUCCGAGAACGCACCCCAAAUGUCAUCCAACGGAAUUGGAGAUAGUUCCACGGCUUACAUCGAGUUCGUGGGGAAUUCAUCGGGGUCUUGCGAGGGGGGAAUGAUGAAGGAAGAGGGUGAAGAAGAUUGGAAAGGCAUUGAUAAUUCCAUGUCGUUUACUUCUGGACUUCAGGACAUGGCCAUCACUGUGGACAAUGCUCAUAACAGUGCAUGGACGGGGGAGUCCCUCAGGCCAAGUCCUGAUUCUCAUCAACAUGUUUCUGGCGGCGGCAAUUUUGUGGAGAGAUUCACGGACCUCUUGCUUAGUAGUUCCGGUGGCGGCGACCGGAGCUUUUGCGAGGGCUGCGGAGAGUCUGAUAACGGUGAUGCUAGUGGGAGUGCCGGCUCGGGAGAUGCAAGUCAUGACUACUUGGAAGAUAACAAGAAUUACUGGAAUAGCAUUCUAAAUUUGGUGGAUUCUUCACCCUCUGAUUCGCCUAUGUUUUAGAAGUUACGACUAAUGAGAAGCCUUAUGAUCAUCACCUGUUAUAACCACAAAACGAAGAAGUGUUGUUUCAAUUGUCCAUCAAUUGAUUUGAGUCACGGUCGUCAAAUGCAUGCUACGGAGCAGUAAUAUUUCUCAUCAUUCGUAGGGAUGAUGAAGUUAACUAGGUAUAUUCAUCGAGUUUCCGGAGUCUCUCUGGUUUCUUUCUCGCGUCCAUUGUCAAUAGCUCUGUGUUAUUCUACUCCUUCCAAAAUUGUUACUCUCUGGUGUCAAUUGAUGAUUCUCCUCUUUCUCUGACAUUAUCAAUUACUUGCUUUCUUUA